CAUUCACUUCCGGGCUGGUAAACGCUACCCGGGUGACACUAAAAUGAACCAUUUUACCCAACUUUAUACUCGUUUUGUAAAAUAGUCGAAAUAUUAACUUGAACACAAACACACAGGUCUUUUAGACGUUGUCAUAAUAAUGUCAGCGCUUUGCUUUGAAGGGUAACAAUACCUGAUACGAUCCGGCAAGAAGCGCAGGCGUAGCGGCUGAGGUCUGGUUGACUCGCUGCAGAAAGGAACCACAGCCUCCAACCUUCAGCCGCAGCUGCAAGACGUAUUUUUGCGGAAAUAUUCUAGUCAGCUUCAGCAGUGACUUUUUUCCUCUCGAGAUGAAAUUAAAGGAGGACAUCAACCCUCUGCUACUACAGGUCUUCCGCUCAGUGGUCUGGGUCUACUCUGUGAUCACCUUCAUACCCUGGUAUUUCUUUUCCGGGGCCGGUACCAACCUGGAGCGGGCACGUCGCAUCAAAGCACGCUCAGUUAGUGGGCACCCUGCCGGGCCGUACAGAGCCAUCAACAGCCAAAAGAACCUGGUGGCAUGGCUGCAUCCUGGGGUGGAUACCCUGGAUAAAAUGUUUGAGUAUGCUGUUAAGAAGUUUCCCCAGAGGGACUGUCUGGGCACCAGGGAGGUGCUGAGCGAGGAGGAUGAGCUCCAACCCAAUGGGAAAGUAUUUAAGAAGGUAAUUCUCGGGAACUAUAACUGGCUGUCUUAUGAGGAGACCUACCAGGCGGCAAGGACAUUCGGAAGCGGGCUCGCGUCUCUCGGUCAGAGGCCGAAGUGCAAGAUCGCCAUCUUCUGUGAGACCAGAGCUGAGUGGAUCGUGGCAGCUCAGGCCUGCUUUAUGUACAAUUUCCAACUCGUCACACUGUACGCCACUCUUGGACCCACGGCCAUUGCCCACGGUCUGAACGAGACAGAGGUCACACACAUCAUCACUAGUAAAGAUCUGCUGCAGGGCCGUCUCAUGGCCAUUCUGUGUGAUGUUCCGAGGCUGCAGUACGUCAUCGUGGUUGACAAGAAACUGGCGAGUUGGCAGGACAUCCCCAGAGGCAUCACGGUUCACAGCAUGGACGCAGUGAGAGAGAUGGGAUCCAAGCCUGAAAACUUAGCAACAGACUGCAGACAACCACAGUCCUCAGACAUUGCCGUCAUCAUGUACACCAGUGGCUCCACGGGCAUCCCCAAGGGUGUGAUGAUCUCCCAUGGCAACAUCAUUGCUGGCAUCACCGGGAUGGCAGAGCGAAUCCCCAACCUCAAUGAAACAGACACCUACAUUGGCUACCUGCCCUUGGCUCACGUUUUAGAGCUCAGUGCAGAGCUUGUGUGCAUCUCUCAUGGCUGUCGCAUCGGCUAUUCUUCCCCUCAGACUCUCGCCGACCAGUCCACCAAAAUAAAAAAGGGCAGUAAAGGGGACACCAGUGUGUUGCGACCUACGCUCAUGGCUGCUGUACCAGAAAUAAUGGACCGUAUUUAUAAGAACGUGAUGACGAAGGUGGAGGGCAUGAGCAAAUUCCAGAAGACGCUCUUUGUGCUGGCGUACAACUACAAGAUGGAGCAGAUCUCGAAGGGCUACAGCACACCUCUUUCUGACAGCCUGGUGUUCAAGCGGGUCCGUGCGCUACUGGGUGGCAACACACGUGUGCUUCUCUCUGGAGGGGCUCCACUGUCAGCCGCCACGCAACGCUUCAUGAACAUCUGUCUGUGCUGCCCUGUGGGGCAAGGCUACGGUCUGACAGAAACCUGUGGUGCAGGCACCAUCAGCGAGGUUUGGGACUACAGCACUGGACGGGUCGGCGCGCCUCUGGUUUGCUCAGAGAUCACGCUCAAAGAUUGGGAAGAGGGCGGCUACUACAGCACAGACAAGCCCAACCCACGUGGUGAAAUCUUGAUCGGCGGGCCCAACGUGACAAUGGGUUACUAUAAAAACGAAGCCAAGAACUGCGAGGACUUUUUUGUGGACGUGAAAGGCCAACGGUGGUUCUGCACUGGGGACAUUGGGGAGUUCCACUCUGACGGAUGCCUGAAGAUUAUCGACCGCAAAAAGGACCUGGUGAAACUGCAGGCUGGCGAGUAUGUCUCUCUAGGAAAAGUUGAGGCCGUUCUGAAGAACUGCUCACUCAUAGACAACAUCUGUGCCUAUGCCAACAGCGAUCAGUCGUAUGUGAUCAGCUUCGUGGUGCCCAACCAGAAACAGCUGAUGGCACUGGCAGAGCGGAUGCAGGUGCGAGGCACAUGGGAGGAGAUCUGCAACAACCCCCUGAUGGAGAAGGAAGUCCUCCGCGUCAUCACAGAGGCUGCUAUCUCGUCAAAACUGGAGCGAUUUGAGAUCCCCAUGAAAGUCCGCCUGAGUGCGGAACCUUGGACACCAGAGACUGGCCUGGUCACCGAUGCAUUCAAACUAAAACGCAAGGAGCUCAAAACACACUACCAAGAAGACAUUGAGAGGAUGUACGGAGGAAAAUAGCACAUGCACACACGUGUACACACACACACACACACACACACACACACACAAUAAUAACCAAGUAAAUGAGGUUGCUGAAAGGACUUGGAGAGGAUGCAUUAUGCUUAAAAUACAGUUAACA